AUGACGGUCGACAAGGGCAUUCAGCAGAGCCCCCACAGCACAGUCAUUCCAACAAUUACUCUCACGACGCCAGAGGGCGCACAGCUGGCGUGCCCCGUCCCCUCCGGCAGCCGUGACAAGAAGACGCUCAAUCGCCGCCCCUCGCUCUCCGCGUCCCAGCGAGAGGGCCUCCUGUGCGUGCCGUCGCGGGGCACGACACGGCGCGACAGGAUGAGGACGGACUUGUGCGACGAGUGCACGGCCUAUCGGUGCCAGAAACACCAGCGUCGCGCCGCGUCUGGCCCCGACCUUGACGCCAUCAAGACCAUGACCGAGACGCGGACGAAGGACGAGGCCGAAGGCCGCAGGGUCGUCACAGGCGCGGCGCGUGCCAGUUCGGGGCCGGCAUGGUUGAGGAUGGGGGCGCGAGUUGCGCCGAGGGGACUCGAGGGCAGAAGGAUUCGCAUCAAUGGGCUGUGGUACUAUGAGAAUGUCGCGCGUGCCGCGUAG